UUACAAGCACCUACUUCAAAAAAAUUGCCAUGAAAAAGUAUAAAUAUCAAUCUAGAUUUUUUCGGAGUCCACACUGCAGAGGGAAGAAGAAAACCAGAAAAAAAUGGGGAACUCUCAGUCACCUCCUUCUCACAAUCCUCGCUUUGCUUCCUCCUCUAGAGCUUUUACUCAUACGGAACUCGAAGAUCUCAAAUCCCUGCACGCGUCUCUGGCUGCUAAGUCGCAGAGCGGUGGUCCGUACAUCUCCCCCUCAGUUUUUAAGACUUAUUUCGGACUAAAGGGAGCUCUCGGAGAUAGGAUGUUCGACUUAGUUACCCAGCAACGCAAAAACGGAAAGCUCACCUUUGAAGACUUAGUUAUUGCCAAAGGGAUUUAUGAGAAGGGAACGAAAGAUGACAUUGAAGAAUUCAUAUAUCAGUUGUUAGACGUAUCCGGGGAUGGCAUUGUGGGAAGGUCGGAUUUGGAAUGUGUUCUGGGUGCAUUGUUUGACAAUAUAUUCAAUAUGGACACCCCUGAACGUGGAUCAAGUGCACAUCAGGGCAGUGUCGAUGUAUUUCUUAAUGCUGCAAAGUUUACUAAGCAUGACGAAGGACAUGAUCAAGAAAGUUUGUCUCUUGAAGAUUUCAGAACUUGGUGUACUCUUCUCCCAUCUGUCAGGAAGUUCCUUGGAAGCUUAUUGAUACCUCCUCAUCAAGGAAGACCAGGUUCCCAAGUUCCUCGACUAAUGCAUGUGGAAAACAUCGAUUCAAAUAUGGUGUUACUGAAGGAGGUAUAUGCUUGGCAUAUAGGAGGAAUCCUUCCACAACAAGAGCUGGUGGAAUGGAAACUGCUAUACCACAGUUCUUUUAGCGGUCUGAGCUUUAACACCUUUUUGGGCAGCGUGUCAAAUGAUAAAGGACCAACUGUCUUAAUCAUCAAGGAUAAAGAUGAUUAUAUUUAUGGGGGUUACGCUUCCCAGCCAUGGGAGAGGCAUGGUGGUUUCUAUGGAGAUCUGAAGUCUUUUCUUUUCCAGCUGUAUCCGAAGGCGUCAAUAUUCAGGCCAACAGGGGCAAACACCAACAUACAAUGGUGUGCUGUGAAUUUCAGUUCAGAGAGCAUCCCGAAUGGUAUCGGUUUUGGAGGAAAGGUGAAUCACUUUGGCCUUUUUCUUUCAGCCAGCUUUGAUCAGGGGCACACUUUCUCCUGUACCACAUUUGGCUCCCCUUGCCUCUCCAAGACCAACCGGAUACACCCGGAAGUUAUAGAAUGCUGGGGAGUUGUUACCAAAGUAGCAGAACAAGAAAAACACGCCGGUGGAAAAGGUACUGUACUGGAGAGAUUUAAGGAAGACCGCCAUAUGCUUAACAUGGUUGGGCUUGCUAAUUCAAGUGAGUAAAGAAUUAUACGUACGUAGUUCGUAUCUCCAAAACUUCGCGUUGAAAACACUUGUAGAUUGAAGAGGCAGCUUGUGUUUGAUGUGGUGUAUGCUGUGCGAAUUCAUGAUCGCGAUUUCCCUGUAUAUCGAACUUUCGUUUUUCUUGUUUUGGUCUAAACGCUGUAUAUUUCAUUUAAUUCUGUAAUAUUGGCGGCUCUUUU